CGCGCAGUUCACGACAGAACAUGCAAGAGGAAUCGCAAGCCCUCCUGGCAAAAGCGCCGCCGCAGCGUGCGUCUACCGUGCCGAUCGUACGACAGAUGUCGUCUUUGGCGGAGAACACCAACCAGGCGAACGUGAACAAGCAUGUCGAAGUUGUGCUCACGACGGUUGGCGUCGACCCAGCCGACACGUUCACGGGCUCCUUUGUGUACUCGUUAGUUGUGCUCAUCAUCGCGGUACCGCUCUUUCUCGGGCCUCGUACGUCUUGUUUAUCUGUUUCAUUCAAAGCACUGAACUGAUUUUACCGAUUAGUCCUCGUCUACUUCAAAAUCGAUGGCAUUGUGACGUGGUCGUGGUGGAUGGUGCUCUUGCCGUUGUGGAUUUUUAAUGCCUUGUGGUUGUACGCAACGUGCUUCAUGAAAGGAAUUGCCCCUGUUGACCGCGAAGAUCACUUUGACGACUCGGUUGACGUCACUAAUGUCGACGUACACACAACUACCGACACGUCCACCCAGACUGAAGUCGUUGAAGUCGAUGCGACAACAACCGUCGAAACCAAGCCUGAGAACCGCAUCUUCAACGUCUUCGUCGUGCUCAUGUACAUCCUGACCGAAGUAUUUGUCUGUCUCAAGUUGGAAGGCUCCAUCACGUGGCACUGGGUGGCGCUCAUGACGCCAUACUACCUUGUUGCGCUGAUGCAAGGCAACUGCGCUGCCUUUGCGAACGUUGGCCAAGUCGUGUUGAUUGCCACGAAGCUCGACGGCACGCUCUCGUGGAGCUGGAACGGUGUUUUUUUUCCCUACUGGAUUGGGGUCGUCGUUGGGGUCGUCCUCGCGCCUUUGGGUGUGUACGCAGCGACGAAGUACUCGAUGGCACAGGCUUCGAUCGACGACGAACAGCCUCCUUCAUUGUUUUGGCCCGUCGUUGGCGCGAUCUCUUCGUUCGUCUUGGCUGUAGCGACAUUCUCUCCGUUCUUGCUGCUCAUGUACAAGCUCAACUGGGGCGAAUUGGCCACAGUCGUCGUGUUCAUUCCGUACUUUGUCGUGUUGACCCUCGUCUUCCUCGUUGUGCUUGUCGCUGGCCUCACUAGCCUCUGCCGCGGCGUCAAAGAAGAUAACGUUGUUUAAUCCAAGGCGAUCGUGGAUCAAUUGCAUCGCUUGUCCUGUUCGACUGCCAAUUGUGUCUUCGAUGGAACCAGAGAACCUGGGCCUGGCCUUUGAGCACGGCUGGCCAAGGCAAGUCAAACCGAUAAGACCCAUCGAACGAGCUUCCACGUCCCGCGACGCCCUGCAUGUGUCAAUUGUGUGUGAAUCUGCUCCACCUUUUAAGCAGUCCUCACGGUUGAUAUGCGGUAAGUGGCUACAACGUUGUCGCUGGCAUCACCAACUGAAUGGUCCGUUCGCUGAAUAAUGCGAAGUGCAACGAAAAUGCCACAAACAAGUUUCAGUUCUUGCCCAUGGCCCUCCAUUCAAGACUUGGUGUAGCCGUCGAUGAUCCAGCUCGCUGAAGGGGCACACAAAAAAUGUGCAAAUAACAACCCCCUGGUCAUAUACUACUACUGAUUUCCCUCGCUUAAGUCAAACGGUUCAUUUUAUGCAAUUAUCGCAAUACAUCCAAAUAUAGAGGUAUAAAUUGUUGC